AUGGAUAACCCAGCCCUGACACCUACACCCCCAUUAUUACAGAUUCAGCUCUAUAUGACAUUUACUAUUAUAUGGCUGAGACAACAACAACACGAUUAUUAUGCCUACCGAACACCACUUCCCACAAAAGCCUCAUAUGAUUAUGUGGUGGUUGGCGCCGGAUCUGCCGGUGCUAUAGUAGCCUGUCGUUUGGCACAAAAAGGAAAAGAUGUGUUACUUCUGGAGGCCGGGGGUGCACAAGAUGCCUACAGUCACGAUCACCCAGGUGUUUACGAGCAAACAUUACUCCUUGAUGGCCCCGCGUUUUGGCCCUACUAUCUCGUGCCUGAUAGUCGUGUAGGAAAGGGAUCACCACUAUUCCGAACCUCAUUGAAAGGCCGGGUAUUAGGCGGCUCUUCAACUGUUAACUUCAUGAUGUACAACAGGGGCAAUCGUAAAAAUUAUGACAAUUUUGUCACCCAAUACGGGGCCACAGGGUGGGGCUAUAACGAUGUAAUGCCCUUAUUUAAAUUAACUGAAAACAAUAGAGAUCCCAAUGUGAGCGAUAUAUAUCACGGACGUAACGGUCCCAUUGGUGUGUCCACCGCAUCGAUGAUCUCUCCGAUUGAUAAAAUAUUUUUAGAGACCCUCUCAGCGCAG